AUGUCCCACCAUCACUACACAGACACACGGCGCUCGUCCACCCGCCUACAAUCCCUUCACCAGCCCGGAAACCCUUUAAUCCUCACCAACAUCUACGACCUCUCCUCCCUUAACGCGGUUUUGUCACUCAACACUCCCUCCACCACCCCAGUUCAAGCCAUCGCAACCGCCAGCUUCGCAUUUGCCGCCCAACUAGGCAUCCCCGACGAAGCCCUCACCCUCGACCAGAACCUCGCCGCCACCGCCGCCAUCUCCGCCCGCGUUCGCGAAGCCAACCUCCCGCUGACUGUCGACCUCCAAGACGGCUAUGGUGAGCGCAUCACGGAAGCCGUCCGACGCGCUGUGGAGCUCGGUGCCGCGGGCGCGAACAUCGAGGAUAGCAUUCCAAGCGCCGGGUUCGGUCGUGGCGUGGAGGGCAGCUUGUAUCCGGUGGAAUUGCAAGUGCAGCGGCUGCGCGGGGCGCGGGAGGCGGCGCGACGGGCGGGGAGUCCGGAUUUCGUGAUCAAUGCGCGGACGGAUGUGUUUCGACUGGACGAGCCGCCGGAGGAGGCGUUGGAGGAGGCGGUUAGGAGGGGGAAAGCGUAUUUGGCAGCGGGGGCGACGACGGUGUUUGUGUGGGGUGGGAGGCGCGGGGUUCGGACAGACGAGGUGAUGACCCUUGUGGAUGCGCUGAAGGGGAGGGUGGCUGUGAAGUUGGGGGACGGGCCGAAUUCUUUGACGACAAAAGAGUUGGCGCAUAUUGGUGUCGCGAGGGUUAGUGUGGGGCCGAGUUUGUGGUUGAUGGCGAUGAAGGCUGUAACGGAGGGCGCGAGAAGGAUCCUGGAGGGGGGGAGAUUAAGCGGUUGA